AUGACAACAAGUACGGAACAACAGAAUGGUUCUGUUGGGACUACUACUGCUCCAAUGGCUACUGCAUCUUCAAGUCGCACAACUCCUGCACCGGCGAUGGCACCGGCAGAAAAGCCCGAAAACGAGGACGUUCUAGUUCUGGGAGAAGAAACUCCUGAAAAUGAGCGAUUUGUGGUCACAGAGGCAUGGAAGCAUUCUGACUUCUUAUGCAAAAAUUAUAUUUUAAGUUGCAUAGAAGACAGCUUGUACAAUGUUUAUAACGUCAUGAAAAUAUCACGAGAGUUGUGGAAUGCUCUUGAAAAGAAGUACAAGACUGAAGAUGUUGGACUUAAGAAGACAACAAGACUGCUGAAGAAGUCUCGUGGUAACUCAACAAUAAUGGGAGAAAAUAUUGUUGAGAAAACGUCUACAAGUAACAGAAAGAGAAAGAAGUCGUCUAGUCCAAAGAAUUACCCGAUCAAGAAAAAGUUCAAAGGUAAUUGCCACAACUGUGGAAAGGUUGAAUAUAAGGCUAUGGACUGUCGUGUACCGAAGAAGGACAAGAAGAAGAGUCAAGCAAACAUGGUUGGAAAGAAUGAUGAAAUUGAGGACUUAUGUGCCAUGCUAUCUGAAUGCAACUUGUAG